AUGCCGCCGAGGUCGUCAAGAUCUCUUCAGGUUUGCAUCUCCCUCAGGUUUCCUUUUCAAAUACAUCUGAAGCUUCGUCAAGGCCAACUCUAUCUUGUCCGCCCAGGAAACAUUCGUACAUCUAGAGAAUGCAUAUACAAUGAAGCAAUGGCAACUAUUCGGCGCGUACCGUCUGUGGAACACAACUUUCAGCUUGUUAUCACGCGAGUGUAUGAAGAUGGCGACCAAGAGCUACUGGAGGACGAGGAUGAAACUGACGAAGAGCGUGUUUUUCUGAUAAGCGAAGAGCUCGAGUUUCAUCCAGGAGAGACCGAUGGCGAACCUAACUUCAUUUGGCGCGACCUCCACGGGGAUGUCGACGAAUUCUAUGAAUAUGUCGCCGCUGGGACAAACGACCCUACCAGGGUUUUCUUUGAAACGUGUAUGUAUAGGGCGAUGUAUGAGCGCAAGUACAAGAAAAGCGCGGACGGUACCCGUGAUUCGGAUUUUAAUGAGCGAAAGGUGUCAAAGAAGGCGGAACAGCCCUCGACGUCCCAACCUAUCGUGGUUGAUGAUCCACCAUCCAGCCCAGGACAAAGCCCCGGAGUCGCUGUGGAUAUUCCCAACAUGGAAGUACUCGUUUCCCAAGAAGCUGUUCUCUACUUGUACGAUUUCAACACAGAGAUGUUUGAAAACCAAGGCAUUGUGACCGCGCAAAUAGCACGGCAAACGGACACCAAAUUUACAUAUUGGCUUACGGCCUCGACUAGCUCGGGUGUACUUUUAUACCACCAGAUCUCCUCUGAGAUGAAUCAGCGGUGGUCUCAUAAGAUAUUCUCAUUGACAUGGAAUCACCUUGAAGAUGAUGAUACUCAAAGGAGUUGGCUCUUCAAAUUCCACAAUCAGGAGGACUUUGCAGACAUUUUGGCAAUGUUUACCCACUGCUUGUGGGAGACUCUUCAUCAGACGUCCUGGGCCAAGGCCAAGCCAGACGAACAGAAGUAUAUUAUGAGUUCGACAGAAGACGUUGAGAUGAAAGACAUAGAAGACGAUGAAGAAGAUGAAGAAGAUGAAGUUCUUUCGGAACUAGAUCCCGAUGAAGAGCCCAGUGACGAGGAGCAAGAAGACGAGGAGGAUGAGCAGCCCCCUGCUUUAACCAAGGGGGACCAGAACUCGCAGCUUACCGUCGGCUACAAGGGUGACCGUUCGUAUGUUGUUCGCGGGAACAAUAUUGGAGUUUUCAGACAUUCGAGUGACGAAGCGGUCAAAUAUUACGCCACUAUCAGCAAAAUCGCCACAACGAAGGGAAAAGAGUUCAAACCGAAGCAUGUUAUGUUACAUGAACAAGAUUCGAAAAUGAUUCUGAUGAAUCCCACUGAUCCACAUUCACUCUAUAGCAUGGACAUCGAGCGAGGGAAAGUCGUAGAGGAGUGGAAAGUACACGACGACAUAAGUGUCGAUCACAUAGCCCCCGACAACAAAUUCGCCCCCACAACACGAGAACAGACUCUCGUUGGUGCUUCGCACAACGCACUGUUCCGCAUCGACCCCCGUGUUGACGGAACAAAACUUGUUGACAGCCAAUACAAGCAAUAUGCUGGUAAAAACAAGUUUUCUGGUGUGGCAACCACAGCCGCAGGAAAGGUCGCCGUCGUGAGUGAGAAAGGUGAUGUCAGGCUCUUCGACUCUAUUGGCAAGAACGCCAAAACAGCAUUACCCCCUUAUGGUGACCCCAUUAUUGGUGUCGACGUGACUGCCGAUGGUCGAUACAUUGUGGCCACUACCGAGACCUAUCUGUUAUUGAUCAAUACCUUGAUCGGUGAAGGACGAUAUCAAGGACAGCUUGGUUUCGACCGCAGCUUCCCUGCAACGGCAAAGCCAAUUCCUCGCCGCCUCCAGCUUAGAGGAGAACAUGUUGCAUAUAUGGGUCACAAAAUCUCCUUCACUCCUGCCAAGUUCAACCAAGGCGAGGGCCAGGAGGAAAAUGCAAUUGUUACAUCCACGGGGCAGUUCGUCAUUGCGUGGGACUUUGCAAAGGUCAAGAAAGGCCACCUCGACAAAUACGAGAUCAAGAAGUACGAAGAUCAUGUCGUACAGGAUAAUUUCAAGUUUGGGGAUGAUAAACAAAUCAUCGUGGCCCUCAACAAUAACGUAUUGGCGAUCAACAAGAGAAACUUGAAGAAACCAACACGGCAAUCUCUUGCACCAUCUACUGGCAAUUUGCACAGCCGCUCGGACAUCGUGAACGCGCCCUACUGAGAAGUGACCCCUUACUCUCCAUCCGUUUUUCUUGGAUUCAUUGUAGCCCACCAGUAUGUAAAUUGAAACGCGUGAUGUAACAUUAUCGUAUCUGCAAUUGGUAUUCCUUUACGGCAAGUAGGAAUUGGUUACUUAGAAAGGUCCUUCAAC